CCCCAGGCAAACUUGCUUUUCACUACUACCUUGCUCCGAAGGUGCAGCAAGGCUAUCCAAUUGUUGGCCCCCGAUCAAUCAGAGUCUCAAUCCUAUCAUCAGCCACCAAUGUAGGCUUGCAGAUGAUGGCUACUGGUGAAAGAGGGGUUGCGGUCCAUUUCCGAGCCAAAGACCGAAGGAUUCAGCUGCCUGGUGUGAUUCGGAUUCCUUCUUGUCAGUCAACGAACUCUACGCGUUCAAAGAACCACUCAGAUUUGUCAAGAUGAUGGUUUCAAACGAAGAUGCAAAUCGUGGAAUGAUUUUGAUCAUGGGCUGUACAGGAUCAGGAAAAAGCUACUUCAUCAACAAACUGGCUGAUAGCUCUGUGGUUGAGGGCCACGGGUUGCGAUCAGAAACAAAAACCUGCGACGUGGUUCGAGUUGGUGUAGGACGACACGAAAUCGCGGUCGUUGACACACCAGGCUUCGACGAUACCUCACGCUCGGACGCCGAAAUACUUGAAGGAAUAGUCGAGUUUCUUUGCGCCCAGUACGAACUCGGAAUACCCUUAAAGGGCAUCAUAUACAUGCAUCGAAUUACAGAUGUAAGAAUGUCGGGCUCUGCGCAGCGAUACUUUGACAUAUUCCGGCGCGUUUGUGGGGAGCAAAAUCUAAGCAAUGUUGUCCUCUUGACAACGAUGUGGAGCGAGCUCAAAGACGAGGGCAAGGGCUUACAGAGAGAGAGGGAACUACGAAGAGAUUUCUGGAACGAUAUGGAGAGUCGAGGAUCGACAAUUCGCCGCUUUGAUGGUAGCAGAUCUAUGGCAGAAGCUUUCGUCUGCAGACUAAUGCGUAAGCAAGACAUUGUUCUCGACAUACAGGAGGAACUGGUCGACCAGGGCAAACGACUAGGCGACACAAAGGCUGGGCAACUAGUAUUGCCCCAAUUGGAACGCCAAAUUGGAGACUUUGGACAAACCAUACACAGCCUGGAUCAGAUGAUCGAUGAUGCUAAACGCUAUGACCCUAUAGAAGUGAAGAGACUUGAAAAGCAACGGGCUAUGCUUUUGAAAGAGCAUCACAAGAGCAUGAACCAGCAUCAGAGACUACAGCAAAGAACAGGUCGUAUAAUGGUUGAGAAAAUUGAAGGCGAGAAGAAAAGAAAUAAGAUGAAGGGCCGUCUUGCAAUGUUUACUACACUGCUCGGGCUAGCGAUCACUGCCACCGUCAAUAUCAUACUUCCACUCGCAGGAGUGAUUUCAUUCUAAGAUAGGAAUCAAUAGUGUCAUAGUAAUAAUUCAAGCUUGAUGCAGAC